AUGAAGUUUUGUGGAGAGUUUGUGCAAACUGAAAAAAUGAAGAUUAAUCGCUUUUAUGGCGUAUUAAAGGCAGAAUUUAGGGAGUUCAUCACUCCCUCGAAGUGUGAGACUCUUGAUGAGCUCAUCAAUCUAGCGCGGGAUAGAGAAAUCGAAAUCAAGAGGCAAAAGAGCGUGGAGAAAAGAGACCAAAUGAAAAAGGUGGAAGUUCGACCCCGACCAAAAAGGGGAAGCAAGAAGGGGUGUUAUAAAUGUGGUAAGGAAGGGCAUUCGUCUUAUCAGUGUUCAAAUAACCCGAAGACUUACUUCCAUUGUUUUGAAAAGGGGCAUGUUAAAUCGGAAUGCCCAAAACUUCAGCAAGAGUCAAAGAAAGAAGAUAAGAAGCAAGAGGGUUCUAGGGCGAAAGGGAGGAUGUUUCAAAUCACAUCUGAAGAAGCCAAAUCUCAACCGAAUGUGGUCUCAGGUAUCUUUCUAAUAAACUUCAUACCGGUUCAUGUUUUGUUUGAUACUGGAGCCACUAUGUCAUUUAUUUCUAGUGAAAUCGUACAACAUCCUUCCUUUAAGAUUGAACGAUUGUCGAUGCCUCUAGAAGUAGAAAUAGCUGAUAGUAAGAUCUAUAUGCUACACGAGAUAUGUAGGAAAUGUAAAUUCAUAAUGGAAGAUGAGGAAUUCGAAAUUGAUCUCAUACCUAUGGUUCUGGGGGAAUUUAAAAUGAUAGUAGGAAUGGAUUGGUUGGCACGACACCGGGUAGAAAUUAAUUGUGAAAAUAAGAUAAUGUCUAUCCAAGCCCCAAGUGGAAGGCAAUUGAGUAUUCAAGGGGAAAGAAACAUAGAAACCAAAUUGUGUAACCUUGUCCAAGCUUUUAAAUACAUACUUAAUGGAAAUAGAGCAUACCUGGCUUAUGUGGUAGACGCUCAGCAAACCCUCCCGAAGCUUGAAGACGUUGAGGUCGUGAAUGAAUUUCCGGAUGUGUUCCCGGAAGAAUUGCCGGGACUCCCUCCUGAAAGAGAAAUAGAAUUUCGCAUCGAAUUAAACCCGGGUGCGAAGCCAGUUACGAAGGCUCCCUAUAGACUUGCUCCCACCGAGAUGCGAGAAUUGAUGACACAGUUACAAGAUCUUCUAGAUAAGGGCUUCAUACGCCCAAGAUUUCUCGAAGAUAGCUUUACCCCUAACCAAACUGACGAGAAAGAAAGAGAAGUUUGUAUGGGGUGCGGAACAGGAAGAGGCCUUUCGUAUAUUAAAGAAGAAAUUGUCAAGUCCUCCGGUUUUGACCUUGCCUGA